AUGUCGGAAAGUGAAGAGAACUUAAGUUUUGAAUACGAAGAUGAGAUUGCAGAUGGAUCCGAAUCCGAUUUUUCAUUUGAAGAGGACCUAGAUUCUGAAGAGGAAGAAAUACAUAACGAUAAUGAUAAUGACUUCGAAUCGAUUCAGUUGUUUAAUAAUAUUAGCAGCACUAAUUUCCAUCCUAUUAAACGGAAUAGAGUAUCGUAUGAGCCGUGGAAAUUGACCAGCUAUAUUCAAGAGUUUUUAUUAGAUAAAGCUAUUACGUUGAAAAAUAUGCAGCUACCCCAAUGUGAUUUCGAUAACAUACUCAUAAUGCUUCAUUUCAAGAACUGGCAACCAGAAGAUGUAAUAAAUGCAUUCUACGAUGACUGGCCGAAACUUCGAGAUUCUUGUGGGUUGACGGAACCAAGCGAGAAGGACAAUAAUGUGGCAAAGGCGAAGAACUUUAAUUGUUCAGUAUGUUGUGAAAACUAUGAAAUAACAGAAGUCUACUCAUUAAGCUGUGACCAUAAGUUCUGUUUGAAUUGCUACUACGAAUAUGCAAGAGAAAACAUUCAUAAUGGGAGAAUAAUACGUUGCAUCGAUGUGGAAUGCAACUUGUCUAUCCCUCAUGCUGAUUUAGAAAUGCUACUCCAGAGUAGAAAUGGGAAGCAUGAUUUAAAGGACUUCACGCUUGAGAUGACUAAAAAUCAUUUACUCGCGGCGGCGGCAAAGGUUUAUAUUGAAAGUCAUAAACUGAAGUGGAAAUGGUGUCCUGCUCCUGAUUGCACAAAUCUUACAGAGUUAGUUUCCAGAAAGGUUCCUAAAACAGAAAUAGGUAAUGGCGAAGAUGUGGAUAUACUAAACGUUCCCAUAGUAACCUGUCCAGAAAGUCAUGAGUUUUGCUACGAUUGCCAAUACGAGAACCAUUUGCCAUGCCCAUGUUGGAUUGUGAAAUUGUGGGUUAAGAAAUGUCAGGACGAUUCCGAAACAGCAAACUGGAUUCAAGCUAAUACGCAAGGAUGCCCUAAAUGUGGUUCGCUGAUAGAGAAAAACGGUGGCUGCAACCAUAUGACAUGUUCUAAAUGUAGAUACGAAUUUUGUUGGAUUUGUUUGGUUUCAUGGAAAGAGCAUGGAGCAUCGUACUACAAAUGCAACAGGUUUGACCCAGAGGAAACUGAUGCUGUCAAAAAAUUACAACAACUGAAAAGGCUAUCACUACAGAGAUAUUUACAUUUCUAUAAGCGUUUUUCGGUUCAUGAAUCUUCAAUGCAAGGUGACAAGAAGAUUAUUGACAAGGUGGACAAUAAAAUGAAAUUAUAUAUGGAAGAAGAACUGAAAAAGAAGAAUAAAUCCCAACAGAACCUCUCAUGGAUUGAUGUUCAGUUUUUGCACGAUGCAAUCAGAGCCUUGACCAAUGGCCGUAAGACCCUUAAAUGGACUUAUUGCUUUGCAUUCUACCUUUCAAAGACAAACUUUUCUGAAAUAUUCGAACAGAUGCAAGAUUACUUGAAUAAAACUGUUGAAGAUUUAUCUUUAAUUUUCGAAGAAGUCAAUAGCAAGAAACACAAGACACAAAGUAGUAUGAUAAUAAUGAAGCAUAAACAGGAAAUUGUCAACUUGAGUAAUUUAGUAACCAAAAGACAGAAAUUACUAAUCGAAUGUGCCUAUAGUGGACUCAACCAAGGCCAUCUUGUCUUUGAGGUAGCAUAG